AUGAUGCUCGAUUUGUUGGAUUUAUUGGUGCGAUGGAUGGUCAGCGACAGCAACACAAUUCUUUUCUCUCUAUCUGCUGCAAUUUUGGUCCCAAUCGCUGUGGCCAUGCGACGAUUUCGAGCAAUGGGGCUACGGGUCAGCUUCACUUUGUCCAUCUACACCGCUUGCUUUCUUUUCUUCCUUCUUAUCCUGCAUCACAAGGCUCAAUUCGCAACUGAUUGGGCGAAUCUCUUGCUCUACUCGAUAAUCUCGAUCCUGCACGUCUUUGUCUACUUGUACCAUCUGGCCUUCGGCUUCGCCUGGAACCUGCGCCCUGGCUUCAUCUACACUGCAGGACUGCCCGGCUACUGCUUCUUCCUGGCUAUCAUGCUCUUCGUCCCUGGCUUCAUCUUCGCACGUCUCUGUUCGCUCGUCAUCGCUCUCGCUUCGAGCACUGGCCCCGGCGUGUGGGCAGUCGAGUCUCUUUGCUCUGCCCUACCAUCGCCUCUCACCGACGAGCUGGUUCUGGUGGCCCUCUUCUCGCUGCUGUUCACCUGGUCCAUCAUCUUCCACCAGGCUGGGCUGCCAGCGCUCGAGCUGGUCGAGCUCAACAUCGACCACGCGCGCGUUCAUCCCACACUCUGUCGCCUGCCCGUGCCCCACUACCCCUACAACAGCGAGAAGCUGGAGAAGACAAAGCAGGGUUCACCCUCAUCGCUCGGAUCGGCAAAGACCUUCACCGUGGGCCAGAUCAGCGAUCCGCACCUCGGCCUCUUCAUGACGGCCGCACAGCUACGCAGCGUAUGCGAGGAGGUGGUGGCCCUCAAGCCCACUUUCGUGUUUCUGACGGGCGACUACUUCGCCGCCGAGGUACAGCGGGAGGCGUAUGCUGGCCGACAGCUCAAAUGGGCGCUGGAGCCCUUGGCUUCGGCCGACGGUCACGUCUUCGCCUGUCUCGGGAACCACGACUACGAGGGGCUGCCCUUGAUUCAAGCCACAUUCAAGUCGCUCGGCAUCCGGCUCCUGUGCGAUGAAAGCGAAACGAUCCAGGCGGACUUUGGUGCGGUGCAGGUCAUCGGCACGCACUACGUCCUCGCGGAGAGGCGGAAGGCCGACCACCUGCAAAAGAUAUGCGCCAAGUUCCCGGCCACCGUGGCCGCCCACAGCGAAGACCAGCACGACGGAGCCGAUGACGAGCGCAACACCGAGGCGACCGAGGGUGAUGCCGCGGUCUCGACAACUCGGCUGAUGCUCGUCCACGACCCCAAGGGGUUCGCCGCCGUGGACCCCGACGAGCGAGUCAUCGCCUUUGCUGGCCACAACCACGGCGGCCAGAUUGGCCUGGAGACGUUCGGCAUUCGGUGGACCCUCCCCCGGGCCGUGUUUCCGAGCUUCACCGAUCUGGGCUUGUGGACCAAGGGGAGAAAUUACUGGUAUGUCCACAGGGGGACCGGGCAGCACGCGUUCCCGUUUCGGUGGGGCGUGCAGCGGGAGAGGAGCCUGCUGAAGGUCACCAUCUCCAACUGA